AUGACGCAGCAAAACCCAAUUCCUUCUGUUAUGCCAAUCCGCCGUUCCACCACCGCGAAGAAGCUGAAGCGUGCCGGUGAGUUCACCAUAGCUGACGUUCGUAUGUGUCUGAGUGCUACGUCCAACUGGGAGAAAAAAGAAAAAAAAUAUGUGUUCAAGAAUGCGCGGCUUCGUGAGCUAACUAAAAAUCCUUACGGGACCAUCCGCCGUUACCAGGAGAUCAUGAAGAACUGUUUGAAGCAUAACAAUGGAGAUGCUCAUUACGUGGAAGGGAUAAAGCAGUAUUUCGAUUUCAACAAUCCAUAA